AUGGCUUCGUCGGAGCUCGAGUCUGCCGACUCCAGGGGCGACCCGCGUGCAGUGCCCAGAGAGCUCCACCAACACGAUUACGACCUCUCCCGACAAGAUUCGACUCAGGGGUUGACAUUUCGCGACCAAGCACUGGUCGAAAUGUGCUGGUUCACGCUCACUCCAGCAAAAAGCAAGAAGCACCCCGAGCAUCGAUCUUCAGACUCUUCGUGUGCCGAACAGCUCGUUCGCGUUCAUAGCAGUCCGAAUCGACCUCGCUUCACUGACGUCAAGGUGAAGUUGCCGAGCAGCGUCUCCAUGGACAUGUCAGAACACCAUCACCACCACCCCCAUCUACACCUCGAUCACCACCACCGACAUCAUCUACACCCGCAUUUACACCCUCUGCACCUGCAUCCUAUCCAUGGACAUCACCACCACCAUGACACACCUUUCAGCCUGCAUGGCCAUGGCAAGAGGCGAUGCACACCACCACCCGGCCCUCCUCCGACACGUGACUCGUCAACAUGUCGGCCACAACCACGCCCGCGAUCGCCCUCGCCCCAUCGACCACGUGAACCAAUCUACCGCACACAGAUUGUUGAGCCAGGAGAGGUGCGGGAGACAACGCGCGUAGCAUUACGGACCUCGCACACGGAUCGGCAAAGAGGUCGUCUACGAAGAGUGGCUGGAUACGAAGUCCUCGGCAACCAGGUACCUUUCGACUGGGAUUGCAUCAGCAGCACUGUCGGAAGUAGCAAAGGGGGUGGCAGAUGGGUGAGGAAGAAGGCCAAGACAAGCGGGUUGAAGUAUCCGCCAUUUGCAAGCAUGGAUCAGUGGAUGUAG